UGGCCAAAAUUAAAACUUGAAACACCAGAAUCUCCCACUUGCUCAUCCUCAAGCAUCACCUGAUCCAAAGUCCCUUCCACUGUUUGAUCUUCCAUAACACAAAGCCAAAUGGUUGUUAUCCUGUAACACAUAUCAAUAUGUAUGUGUGGUUUAUUACGUGGUAAAGUGUUGAACUUUCAUGGCUGAGAUUCUAUGGCACUUCAGUAUGUUGUGUUUUAAAAAAAUUCUGAUUUUUCAUUGUUUUGAGGAAUCCACAGUUAUAGAGAGAGAUGGGAUUUUGUUAAUGAAUGAAAUCAGAGACUAGAUAGUUUGUCAAGCGUUUAAAGCACAAAACUUUAAAUAGCAAAUAUUUCCGUCUUCACAGUGUAUUAGUAGUAACCAUGGAAGUGGGUUUACAGUUACAGAGACCGAUGAGUUGCAGAUUUCAUGAGAGAGGGCUCUUUAAGUUCAAGCAUGUCCUGGGCUCCUUGGCUUCUUUCAAUACAGCACAAUCUAUACAAUUUAUUUCAUGGCGCACUGAGUGUUCCACUGGAGGAGUUUCUCAUGAAAUUUCUGCUAGUUCAGAUUUUUCCAGAAAGAGAGGAAGAAGAUUCUCUCCAAGGCCUAAAGGUUCUGCACCAGAGGGGUUUAUGCCAAAGGUACCAGUGGGAAUGAGCACCCAGAGGGAUCAUAAGAAUAAUGAUGACAAAAAAGGUUCAAGCAUGCUAGUGUCAAGUGAAUAUGCAGGCUCCACCAAGAAAACACCUGAAAGGAAAGUUGCUAUUAAGAAAGAGCCAGUGAUUGGUCUUCCUAAGAAUAGUCAAAUUGAGAAAGGAAUUGUUGAUGAAACUGCAAAGCAAAUCAAAGAAAUACCAGGUACGAGUAAAAAUUUCAGAGUCAGUAAUAGCAGUCAAUUGGCAGGAAAUGGUAGUCUUGGUAGAGUUGGAAGUGUUGAGAGUGAUAUAUCUGAAGAUGCUUAUCAAAAAUCAAAGUAUUUGGCUCCUGAUAAGAGCAGUGACUCUGUAAAUGAUGAAGUUAUUGAAGGAGAUAUGAAAGUGUCUGAAGAUGCUUCUCUAAAAUCAAAGAUGGAGUGGGAAGCCAAAUUAAAGAUGGAGAUGGAAGCCAAACUAAGAAUGGAGAUGGAGACCAAAAUAAAGAUGGAGAUGGAAGCUAAAUUAAGGUCGGAGAUGGAAGCAAAAAUUUGUAAACAGGAAAUUGAGAAACUUGCUCAGGAGAACUUCCUGAAAGGAACUAAAAUGUUUGUUUAUCCGCAGGUGGUGAAACCUGAUCAAGAUAUAGAGGUGUUUCUUAAUAGGAGUCUCUCCACUCUAAGUGAUGAGCCAAAUGUUCUGAUCAUGGGGUCCUUUAAUGAUUGGCGAUGGAGGUCUUUUACUGCCAGAUUGAACAAAACCCAAUUCCAAGGAGAUUGGUGGUCCUGUCAGCUUCAUGUUCCAAAGGAAUCCUAUAAGAUGGACUUUGUAUUCUUCAAUGGGCAAAGCAAAUAUGAUAAUAAUGAUCAGAAAGAUUUCUACAUAACUGUAGAAGGGGGAAUGGAUGUUUUGGCAUUUGAAGAUUUCUUGCUUGAGGAGAAACGUAGAGAACAAGAGAAACUUGCUGAGGAGAAAGCGAAAAGGGAAAGACAAGAGGAAGAGCAGAGGCGGAUAGAAGCAGAGAAGGCAGCUGAUGAAGCUGAUAAAGAGCAGGCUAAGAAGGAGACUGAAAGGAAAAGAGAAAUGUUGCACCAGUUGACGAAAAGGCCUGCAAGGUCAGUUGAUAAUGUGUGGUACAUAGAGCCCAGCGAUUUUAAAGGAGAGGACUUUGUGAGGCUAUAUUAUAAUAAAAGCUCUGGUCCUCUUGCUCACGCUGAGGAGCUCUGGCUACAUGGAGGGCAUAAUAAUUGGAAAGAUGGAUUGUCCAUUGCCAGUAGGCUUGUCAGCUCAGAGAAAACAGGUGGUGAUUGGUGGUAUGCUGAAGUUACUGUACCUGAUGGAGCCCUUGUGUUGGAUUGGGUCUUCGCUGAUGGACCACCCCAGAAAGCAGUUGUGUAUGAUAACAAUGGUCAUCAAGAUUUCCAUGCUAUUGUUCCAAAAACCGUUCCUGAAGAACUGUAUUGGAUUGAGGAAGAACACCAGACAUACAGAAAACUCCAAGAACAGAGGAGAAUAAGAGAGGAGGCUGUUCGUGCCAAGGCUGAAAAAACUGCUCAUAUGAAAGCUGAAACAAAGGAAAGAACUUUGAGAAAGUUUCUGUUGUCACAAAAACAUAUAGUACAUACAGAUCCGCUUGAUGUUAAAGCAGGAAGCACGGUAAUGGUUUUCUAUAAUCCAGCCAACACAGUUCUAUCUGGAAAAUCUGAAGUUUGGUUCAGAUACUCAUUUAAUCGCUGGACUCACCAUAUGGGUCCUUUGCCACCUCAGAAGAUGUUGCAUGUGGAGAAUAGUUCUCAUGUCAAAACCACUGUCAAGGUUCCAUUGGACGCAUACAUGAUGGAUUUUGUAUUCUCUGAGAGGGAAGAUGGGGGAAUAUUUGACAACAAAAACAGCAUGGAUUACCAUAUCCCUGUCUCUGGAAGUGUUGCAAAGGAGCCACCAAUGCACAUUGUGCAUAUUGCUGUUGAAAUGGCUCCCAUUGCAAAGGUUGGAGGUCUUGGUGACGUCGUCACUAGUUUAUCUCGAGCUGUUCAAGAUUUAAAUCACAAUGUGGACAUCAUUCUCCCAAAGUAUGACUGUUUGAAACAUGGCAAUGUGAAGGACUUUGAGUAUCAGAGAAGCUAUCACUGGGGUGGGACAGAGAUAAAAGUUUGGACUGGAAAGGUGGAAGGUCUUGUAGUCUACUUUUUGGAGCCUCAAAAUGGAUUUUUUCGGACAGGAUGCAUAUAUGGCUGCAAGAAUGAUGGGCAGAGGUUUGGUCUCUUUUGUCAUGCAGCACUUGAAUUUCUACUUCAAGGUGGAUUUCAUCCAGAUAUUCUUCAUUGCCAUGAUUGGUCAAGUGCUCCUGUUUCCUGGUUGUUUAAGGACUACUAUAUGCAUUAUGGUCUUGGUAAAACUCGUGUUGUUUUCACAAUACACAAUCUUGAAUUUGGGGCAGAAUUGAUUGGGAAAGCUAUGGCACACUCGCACAAGGCUACCACAGUGUCUCCCACUUACUCAAAAGAGGUUGCUGGACAUCCUGCAAUUGCUCCUCAUCUCUACAAAUUCCAUGGCAUAAUAAAUGGAAUAGACCAGGAUAUAUGGGACCCAUUUAAUGACAAUUUCAUUCCUGUGUCAUAUACUUCAGAAAAUGUUGAUGAAGGCAAAAGAGCUGCCAAGGAAGCCUUGCAGCAAAGGGUUGGUUUGAAAAAAGCUGAUCUGCCUUUAGUAGGAAUUAUUUCUCGUUUAACACAUCAGAAAGGUAUCCAUCUCAUCAAACAUGCUAUUUGGCACACCAUAGAGCGUAAUGGACAGGUUGUAUUGCUUGGUUCUGCUCCAGAUCCUCGUAUCCAGAAUGAUUUUGUGAAUUUGGCCAAUCAGUUGCAUUCUGGUCAUGGGGACCACGCUCGUCUUUGUUUGAACUAUGAUGAGCCACUUUCACACUUGAUAUAUGCUGGAGCAGAUUUCAUUCUAGUUCCCUCUAUUUUUGAGCCCUGUGGACUGACACAACUCACUGCCAUGAGAUAUGGUUCAAUACCUGUUGUUCGGAAAACUGGAGGACUUUAUGACACUGUGUUUGAUGUUGAUCAUGAUAAAGAGAGUGCAGAAGCUCAAGGUCUUGAACCAAAUGGAUUUAAUUUUGAUGGAGCGGAUACUGCCGGAGUUGAUUAUGCUCUCAACAGGGCAAUAUCUGCUUGGUAUGAUGGUCGCGAUUGGUUUAACUCGUUGCGCAAGAAAGUGAUGCAGCAAGACUGGUCUUGGAACCGGCCUGCUCUUGAUUACAUGGAGCUUUACCAUUCGGCUCGGAAAAAUUGAUUAUUAUGCAAGGAGAGAGUGCUGCAGAUAAUUGCCAUCACAGCUUGUACAGAUUCAGAGGCACUUGUUUUCAUUUUCCUCAUUAACAGCUUAAUUAUAUGCAUAUAGUUCACAGUGGUCAGAAUUUUUCAAGGUGACCUGAAUAAUUUUACCAGUACAUAAUGAUAGGUCAGUUUCUUGUGUUUUUCUGAUCAUUGUUACCUCAUGUCUCAGAAUAAUGAAAACAUUGUAUCAAGAAUAAAAAAAAUGGAAAGUUGAAAACCCGAAGAUUUGGGGAUCA